AUGAGAGGGCCCCAGGCGGGGCCCCAGGCGAGAGCCCCAAGCGCGAGCCCCAGGCGAGAGCCCCAGGCGAGAGCCCCAGGCGAGAGCCCCAGGCGACAGCCCCAGGCGAGAGCCCCAGGCGAGAGCCCCAGGCGAGAGCCCAAGGCGAGAGCCCCAGGCGAGAGCCCCAGGCGAGAGCCCCAGGCGAGAGCCCCAGUCGAGAGCCCCAGUCGAGAGCCCCAGGCGAGAGCCCCAGGCGAGGGCCCCAGGCGAGAGCCCCAGGCGAGAGCCCCAGGCGAGAGCCCCAGGCGAGAGCCCCAG